UGUUACCACUGUCCAGCCGGCCGCGGCGUGCGCGCGAUUCGUUCUAGCACAAUGCUAGCUGCCUCAAUUGCGCCUGAUCUGAUCUGAUCGAUCGAAGUCUUGGUUACCUAGAGCCGACAGAAUCCUCAACAUGGCGGCUGGGUAUUCACCGACAUGCGCCAGAGACCUGAUGAAUGAAAGAUCUCAACAUUCCCCGCCUCGUCCUGGUUGUGAACCAUCGAUGAAGCUCACUCGAGCAGUUCUAGCAAGUUCCCGGCAUUCUGCCUCAUGACUCGCAACUUAAACGUACAAUAGCAUGGAUUUCAAGCAUCAAUUUAUCUCAACACGCCGGUCAGAACGUCAAAAGAAAGUCGGUGUAGUGCCUCAAUGGAGGCGCAAGACGAACUACAGUGGCUGGCGCCCGGGCGGAAGGUUGUCCUGCAGUACACACCGCCCAACUUGACACCACCUCCCUCAGUGCUUGCUGAUUGUGUCCACCUUUCUCCUGAAGAUGCACCACAGAGAGUUGUCACUGGAGCUCCCAACGAUCAUGAGCUUCAGCACAGGAUGCGGAAUGGUCAAGCCAGAAGCACCUCGCAGGAUUCUGGAGGGGCUCUCGUUUCAGAGUCGAUGAGAGCCUCCCGCACUUCCACAGUGGCCCUGGAUGAAGCGACUACUAUCCCUGGGGCAGAACGGCUGUUAAGAAAUCCAAAGUAUACAGCGACGGUCAUAGACGCUUUUCCUGAGCAUGACAGGGCCUUCAAGCACAUUAGCACAGUGUUUAUCAUUCCCCAGGGCAUGGAGCUAGACUGGUUGAUCUCCACCCCUGAAGGCCAGGCUCAAGUUGUGGCGGGAGCCGACGCCGCCCGCGUCUUCCUCGUGACCCUAAACCGAGGCCAUACAUUUACCUCCGCAGAGCAAGUGCAGAAAGAACUGUCGCCGUGGAUCCGAACACUCACCAACGGCGUCCUUCCAACCCUUAACCCCACCGCCAUUCCAUACACCACCACGCCCCAGGGAAUCGGGCAUCGGACGGUCCUGAUCAAAGUCGAGUCCAACAUCAAUGGUCCGAUUGUGGUGGAAGACGUCCGUUUGACCGAGCCCGGGAAGCUCCAGCCGACCACUUUCCGGCGGAUGGUCUUCCUCGACUCCCCCAGUCUGAUCCAGUCGGAAGCCGUGCUUAUUCACACCGAACCGGGGGAAAGAAGCGGGCGGGGUGGAGCGGAUGACGUUGACGAGCGGCAAACGUUGUUCGGGGCUAAGUUGGAUGUUGACGGAGUCAUACCGGGCACAAACACGGAGGAAUGUGACGGUUGUGACAGAAACGAGGCGGCGGGUGAGAGGAUGGAGAGGGAUCAUCGGAAGAAGGCAAGAAGGAGAGGGGUUGGUUCGUUGGACGGUGGACAAGAGGGGGACGCGCCAACGCGAGCUUCGAAGAAGGCGUCAGGGGAAGAACUAGGGGUGGCGAGCGAGGGGGAGCAGGACCACCGGAAGAGGGCGAGACGGAGACACGAGGAACGCUUGGGAAGUUCCGGUACCGGAGGAAAUCAUCAGAAAUUUGAAGCGAAUGCUGCCCAGGAAGAGUCUGAGUUUUCCGGCAGUUUAAGUCCCCCAGAUCGCUCCAUCUCACAGCAGGGCGGGGAGAAACUUGCAAAGGGAGCAGAGGCCGAGAGCCUAGAGCACGCCACGUGUUCAGAAGAUGCGGACGGUGUCAAUACGUCCGGAGAAGCGAGUGACAGGCGCGAGCGUCAAGCGAGCUGCACAACAAACGCGGGUGGCGGGCUUUCGGGUAUGACAAGCGCAGGUGUCGCAGAAGAGCGGAGCGGUGCGGUCGAGAUUCUUGAAAGGGCAGGAGCGGAGUGCCGCAAUGGGGGGGUUUUGAUGGGCGUGGACUUCAGCUACUUGGCGAGCGACUACCUCCAAGCAAUGGUUGCGGGGCUUGCGUUCCUCGGUCCGGGAAUUGAAGAGCGGACGGAGAGCGGGGGGCUUUUGGACGUCCUGGUAAUCGGUUUGGGAGGCGGCGGCAUGCCAAUGUUCCUGCGACGGCAUUUGCCGUGUCGCGUCGAGGUUAUUGAGAUCGACCCCACCGUAGUGGAGCUCGCGGAAACUUACUUCGGCGUUUUCCGAGAUGCAGCCUUCCAGGUACACGUUGUCAACGCCAUUCCGUGGGUCAUCCUUGCCGCCACGACCGAAGUUCCGGCGUCGAAGAGCCGCAAGGCCAGCUUCGAUGCAGUCCUAAUCGACGUCGAGUCCGCCGGCGGCCCGUGCCCGCCUCCUGCGUUUCUGAAGCCCCGUUUCUUGUCAGCGCUCCGCGCGCUGCUCCGACCAAACGGAGUGCUUGCGAUGAACGUGGUGGCGACGGACGAGAUCAGAGAGGCGACGUACAAAGCAGUCCGCUGCUGCCUGAGCGACCGGUUGUACGAGUGGAGCAUUCCCCAGAACAGCAACCGGGUUCUGUUUUCCCACCGGCAGUCCGGCCUUGCAUCGCCUGACCUCAGCCAGACGCCCGCUGAGUCUAGUCGUGGGGGUGAGAGUGAUAAUGACGACGCUGUUGACUUAGUGUACUGGGCGUCGCGAUUGGCCGAAAAAGGUGCCGGAAUGACGUCAUGGGCCCGAGGGCCGGACCUGCCAAGCUUAGUGGCAGACAUACAAACCCUGUGACCCGCGACGUUGUCAUCUGCCUCGGCUGUGCUUCUCUUCAAUUGCAACGGGAAGCUUUUCCAAACUCCUUGUAAUUUCUCCAGCGCUUCUCACCUUGUAAUUGAGCGAGUACCAAGAGCAACAAGCACGCACGUACACUGUCGG